ACCAGCGGAACCAGCGGAGGAGCGCAGGCGGAGGAUCUCAGCCCCCCGAAUCUACAUACACUCGAGGGUACGUCGUCUAACUGGAAACCAGCGGUCAACCGGAUACAGCAAGGCAGAGUCUGGGGCGGCAGUUGCCGUUCGGCGUUCUCCUUCAGACGGGCAGUGAAACAGCCAACUGAGCAUGGCAACUCAAGCCAUAUCAUAGACUGACCAUUAACAUUGGACCACUAGAGGUAGAGAGGGAGGACCCAGACAUCGGAAAAGGAAGGAGAAGAACAAAGUAGUUCAAGACUGUAAUAUUGGAGACUAUGGGUGAGACGGAGGAUGAGUCGACGGCACAGGCUAGUCAGCUGUUUGAGAACUUUGUCCAGGCGUCCACCUGUAAAGGAACCCUCCAAGCAUUCAGUAUCCUCUGCAGGCAGAUGGACCUGGAUCCUCUGGAUUACAGAAACUUCUACAGUUCCUUGAAGAGUGCCAUUAGUUCUUGGAAGGUCAAGGCCCUGUGGACCAAACUGGACAAGAGAGCAGGGAAUAAGGUGUACAACCAUGGUGAAGCCUGCCAGGGUACCCGGUGUCUUAUAAUUGGCGGGGGUCCGUGUGGUCUGCGGACAGCCAUUGAGCUGGCCCUGCUGGGCUGUCAGGUGCUGGUGAUAGAGAAGAGAGAUACCUUCUCUAGGAAUAACGUGCUCCACCUCUGGCCCUACACCAUCCAUGACCUCAAAGGGCUCGGGGCCAAGAAGUUCUAUGGUAAAUUCUGCGCUGGCUCCAUCGACCACAUCAGUAUCCGUCAGCUCCAGUUGAUGCUACUGAAGGUUUGUCUGAUUGUUGGAGUGACAGUUCACGUCAAUGUAGAGUUUCUCGGUCUUCUGGAGCCACCGGAGGAGCGGAGUGAUGACGGCCCAGGGUGGCGAGCCGCCGUGCGACCCUCCAAACAUCCUGUUUCUGACUUUGACUUUGACGUGAUCAUUGGAGCCGAUGGACGCAGGAGCACGUUAGAUGGCUUCUCUCGGAAAGAGUUUCGAGGGAAGUUGGCCAUCGCCAUUACAGCCAACUUUGUCAACAGGAACACAACAGCAGAAGCUAAAGUGGAGGAGAUAAGCGGCGUGGCCUUCAUCUUCAACCAGAAGUUCUUCCUCGAACUGAAAGAGGAAACGGGGAUUGACUUGGAGAACAUUGUUUACUACAAAGACAACACCCAUUACUUUGUCAUGACGGCUAAGAAGCAGAGUCUUCUGGAAAAAGGCGUCAUCAUUAACGACUUUAUUGAAACGGAGCGUCUGCUAAGCAGUGACAAUGUAAAUCAGGAAGCGUUGCUCUCCUAUGCACGUGAAGCGGCCGACUUUGGCACCAACUACCAGCUCCCGUCGCUAGACUAUGCCAUCAACCACUAUGGCCAGCCUGACGUGGCGAUGUUUGACUUCACCAGCAUGUAUGCCUCUGAGAACGCUGCCUUGAUCAGACAGAAACAUGGACAUCAGCUGCUGGUUACAUUGGUGGGAGACAGUUUACUAGAGCCUUUCUGGCCUAUGGGCACAGGGUGUGCCCGCGGGUUCCUGGCAGCCUUUGACACCGCCUGGAUGGUGAGGGGCUGGGCACAAGGCAAGAGCCCUCAGGAGAUACUGGCUGAGAGGGAGAGUAUCUACCGGCUCCUGCCUCAAACCACCACAGAGAACAUCAGUAAAAACUUUGAACAGUACUCCAUUGAUCCUACGACCCGGUACCCCAACCUCAACUCCAGCUGUGUGCGCCCACACCAGGUGCGUCACCUGUUCAUCGAUGGCCAGCAGGACUCAAGUUCCUUAGAAAGAGGAGGACCCACACGUAGAUCAGUCAAUCUUUCCAGGAGAGAGUCCGACGUACGUCCAAGUCGACUGCUCACCUGGUGUCAGAAGCAGACGCAGGGCUACCGGGGGGUGGAGGUCAUCGACCUCACCUCGUCCUGGAGGAACGGACUGGCCCUCUGCGCUCUCAUACACCGCCAGAGGCCUGAGCUGAUUGACUAUGACUCCCUGAAUGAGGGGGAUGUGGCGGGGAAUAAUCAGCUGGCAUUUGACGUGGCCGAGCGGGAGUUUGGCAUCCAGCCAGUGACCACGGGAAAGGAGGUGGCCAUGCAGCCUGAGCCGGACAAGCUGCUGAUGGUCCUGUACCUCUCCAAAUUCUACGAGGCCUUCAGGAACUCACCAGGUAAUAAUAACAGUUCAAGAGAACCGGAUGAGAACAGUGAGGUAUAUUCAUCUAAAUCAAACCCCAACCUGCUGACCCAGCCCAGAAAGAGGAUACCCAAGGAUGACAAAAAGCUGGAAGACAUCGAUUCAGCCAACAAGAGACGGCGGAAGAGCGCUCACUACCUCGCAGAGUUGUCCUGUCGGAGUGUGCCCCCUACAGGCGAGGCAGGAGAGCUACGGGAGAACAAGGUCCGCUCUAUGGCAACUCAGCUGUUGGCCAAAUUUGAGGAAAAUUCCUCAACAGCAGUGAUGCACAACAAGGUGAGAGAUCCACCAUCUCCUGACCUCACCCCUCCUCCUUCCCCCUUCCCAGAGGGGGAGGAGGAGGAGGAAGAAGAGGAGGAGAGAGAGAACCCACGCUUUGCUAAGCCUAAAGUGCUCCCACCUCCUCCACCUCCGCCUCGCCCCAAGUGGCAGCCGUCAGUCUACCUUCGCCUGCUAGAGAAUCCUGCUUCUGUGGCUCAGCCUAUAAGCCCCCUGUAUUCUUCUCAGAGCCCCUCCCCUCUAAACAGUUUCAGUCAGUCCCAUCCUCCCUCCCCAUCACGCUCCAUGAGCCUGAGGAGCCCGAGCCGCUCUCCAAGUCCUAAUGUGGCUGAUCAUGGCUCAGGAUGCCCCUCGCCUCAACCCCCCACCAGUCCUUUCUCUGAGAAACAGGCAGAAACCAUAAACCAGACUCAUUCUCAUGGUGGCUUGCUGUCUUUUCGGGAUGAAAGCCAAAAAGUGCCCACCGAGGAAUUUAAAAGGAUGACUAUAAAGGACAGAGCCGUCACCAUCGCCUCCAUGUUUUCCAGCUCCAACAAAGUGUCUGUCCCUGCUGCUGUCACUCCUCUCCAGUCCCAGAGCUCUGCCGUGCACCCGGUGAUCCACCCUCUCCCCGAGCCUGCCGCCCAGGCCUGUUUCUCCUCUCACACUCUUGCAAAUACAGACAAGAGUCAGAGAGUCCCGUCUCCCUCCAUCUCUGACUCUGACAGUGAAAAGACAGAGAAAAUCUCCUCCCUUCACCUCGCUUCUCCUCUGUGCAACAACCAAACUUCCUCUUGCAAAAUCUCUUUGCCCCUCUCGGCUGUGAACUGUGAAAAUGGAGACGAAAGCUCCUCUUCCCCUCCAGCCUCUCAACUGCACAAAGACAGUUGUCAAAUGACAGAUGGCAGUGCACAAGAGAACAUUCAGUGCAGUGGGAGCAGUGCUGUAGAGAACUUGAGGAGAAUCACUGGAAAGCCAGCUGUUCAAUCAAAGAGUUGUCCAUCUGGAGCCGCUAAGUACAGUAAAGAGCGUACAGUUGGGAAAGUAUCAUCAGCCAUAGAUGCUAAAGCUCAAACCCUGGCUAUCCUCUACGAAACAGACCAUAGGCCCAAUGCAACACUGUGUGUGGUGCGUAAGGACUUUCCUGCUGGACUGGGCGGUAGUGACACUUGUCACUUCUGCUCCAAGCGUGUCUAUGUGAUGGAGAGACUCAGCGCCGAGGGCUUCUUCUUCCACCGAGAGUGUUUCCGCUGCAACGUUUGUGGCUGCACGCUGCGUUUGGGAGGACACACCUUUGACUCACACCAGGGGAAGUUUUACUGUAAAGCGCAUUAUGCUCAGCUCCAAUCCAGCACUCAUCUGGGCAAGUUUGGCAGGAGAACGGGUGACCAAAGGCGAAUUACAUCAUUGCCACUGGAUAACGGUGGUUACACGGUACCGGGCAGCCUCCAGAUCCAACCCGCAGGUGUGACAGGGCACGUCAGAUUAAGCAAGAAAAAACAGAUUGCUGAUAAACCUCUUGAACCAUCUUGUAAAUCAAAGACUGCAGCAGUGGACAUGACAAUGACCCAAGACCAAGAGGAUGAUGGUACGACAGAGGACGUGAAGCCUUCGCUUCCGGAUAAGAACAGCCGAUGGAAGAGGAAGAUCCGCUCAACCUUCCCUCUGAUCUUUGUGAAGCACUUCCAGAGAAGGCGGCCGGAGGACCGAGAGAAACCAGAGACCGUCCACGAAGUGGACUCUGACUCUGAGGGGUUUUCAGCAAAGGAUAAACCAGUCUCCCAUGACAAUGCCAAAUCAUCUGGAGAGAUCAAGAAUCCUUCAAAAAGUGAAAAGCACAAGGUGCAGUCAGCCAACAUAGAGGCGAGGUGUGACUCAUCCAGCCCCAAGAAACGCCUGCUGUUGUCCCAGUCUGAGAAAGACAGGCUUCUGGAUUGGGACCUUUCUGCCUCAUCAGAGGAAAUACCAGGACAGAAUAAUGUUGAAACCAAGUCUACACAACAACCCAAAGACCAGGGGCAAGCAGAGACACAAGCAGAUAAAACCCAAACAGGCUCUGGCAAGAAUGCAGAGCCGACCCAGAGCCAAACCUCCACCUCAUCCCCCUCAGCCUUCCAACUUAUAGCCAACGCCUUCAGGAGGUCCUUUGGUGGAGCCAGCCCUUCCUCUAACUCCACUACAGCAGUCACCAUGAGAACCAAACCUGAUGGCCCAUGCAAGCUGAGGCCCAAGUCAGAGGGGGAAUUCAGCUUUAACUCCAUGUUUGGCAGCGUGCCUCCAGAGUCAUGGGAAAAGGAGGAAAAGCCCAGGAAGCCUCAUCUCCACCCUCUGUGGUCCUCUGUGGGCACAGACUCGUGGAGGUCUGGGCAGGACCUGCCCUCUCUGCUGCAGCAGGUGUCCCUGGGCAGCCGCAGAGGCUCUGGAGGGGUGUUCUCUGACGACAUGGCCUCACUGCCCUGCAAGAGGGUUAACUUCUUCUCCUCCCUGCGACUGAGGCGGAGCAAGGUGUCGGAGAGCGACUGUGGCGACAAGGAGGGUCAGGAGUACAUCAGGACUAUUCUCACCAAAUUCAGAAACAAAGCCUCCAGUCAGCAGAAGCUAGAAGAUCCCCUAUCCAGUGAAGAGGAGAAUGAAAAUGUAUCAGCAAAUCAGAAGGUGUGUUUGGAGAGACAGAGGAGAAAGCAGGAGAAUAUGGUUGCCCAGCAGGCCAAAAGAGAGCAGAUGAAGAGGCUCCAUAGAGCUCAGGCAAUCCAGAGACAGCUGGAGGAGGUAGGAGAGAAACAGAGAGACGUGGAGGAGAGAGGAGUUGCUAUAGAGAGGAUGCUCAGAGGAGAAACUGAUGAGUCCCAGUCAGAUGGCGGUGAGGAGGCUCAGCUCUAUCAGUCUUGGUUUAAACUGGUCCUGGAGAAAAACAGACUGGCUCGCUAUGAGUCUGAACUCAUGAUCUUUACCCAGGAGCUCCAACUGGAGGACACACAGAGUCAGCUGCAGCACGACCUACGACCCAGAAUGGCUAUAGACGACUCAAAGAAGAGUGCGUCAGAGCUUCAGGAAGAGCAGGAGGUUCUGGCGGAGAUCAUGAGGACGGUGGAGAGACGAGACAUGCUGGUCUCCUUGCUAGAGGAGCAGCGGCUGCAGGAGCGAGCGGAGGACAAGGACCUGGAGAGCCUGGUGCUGUCCAGGGGCUACGAGUUCCACUGGACCCGCGGGCAUGACUGGGGCUCCGAAAGCUAG